CGGAGGGGUGGAGGGUGGGCGGGGACUGUGUGGCUCAGCUGUCGGGUUCAGGGAGUCCCCGAGCUGGUAGUGGGGUCUGUUCGUCCCUGAGAGCAGCCGUUGUGUCCUCUUCACCUGCACGUGGCGGUGACUCCUCGCCAGGACGCAGCUGGGGGCUUCCCGGCACGGCCCGCACAAUGGGGCUGCUCUCGACCCUCACGGUCGCUACCUGUUACUGCUCUGGUCGUCUGGUGGCCCGUCAUUUCUCCCGUGGGGUGCGGCCUGGCGGGGAGGAACUAAGCCGCCUGAGGCUGGAUGACUUGGCGCCGACCCCGCGGCUAGAGCUUCUGUUUGGCUUGUCCCCGUGUCUCCUGGCUCUGCGAGCCGCCCGCCGCCGAGUGGCCCGGCUCCUGCUCCAAGCCGGCAGGGCUGGACUACAGGGAGAGCGGGCCGAGCUGCUCCGGGAAGCGGAGGCUCGGGACAUCCCAGUUCUGCGGCCCAGGCGGCAGAAACUGGACGCCCUGUGCCGCCACCAGGUGCACCAGGGCGUCUGCAUGGAGGUGAGCCCGCUGCGGCCCCGGCCUUGCAGGGAAGCGGAGGAAGUAAGCCCAGGCGACAACCACCAGCAACUGUGCCUCGUCCUUGAGGGGCUCCAGGAUCCCCGGAAUCUUGGUGCUGUCCUGCGCUCCGCUCACUUCCUCGGAGUGGACAAAGUCAUUAUAAGCCAGAGAAACAGCUGCCCGCUCACUCCAGUAGUCAGCAAGGCCAGUGCGGGGGCUAUGGAGGUGAUGGAUGUGUUCUCUACUGACGACCUGGCAGGUUUUUUACAGGCCAAAGCCCGGCAAGGCUGGCUUGUGGCAGGCACCGUGGGCUGCCUGGGGCCUGAGGUUUCGCAGUCCUCCCAAACCCCCAUCAUGAGUUGCUUAGAGUUCCUCUGGGACCAGCCUACUCUCCUCGUGCUGGGGAACGAGGGUUCUGGUCUGUCCCAGGAGGUACAGGCCUCCUGUCAGCUCCUCCUUACCAUUCUGCCAGGGCGCCAGCUGCCUCCCGGACUCGAGUCCUUGAAUGUGUCCGUGGCUGCAGGAAUUCUUCUUCACUCCAUUUGCAGCCAGAGGAAAGGUUUCCAUGCAGUGGAGAAGACAGAGAAGACCCACAAGAACCACCAGCUAUGUCCAAAGGACUCUGAGUCGCUCAGCACCCAGAAUCGUCUUCAGGAUCAGAAAAAGAGAGGCAAAUGGGGGCUUAGGGGGCUGUCCACGAAGUGCACGUGAUGGUGCCAGGACAGUUGCACACACAUCCCCAGGUCUGGCCUGCUGGCACCCCUUCUGGAGUGUACACCCAAGCCCCUGUUCCUUGAUGUCAGUCAUUAACUGUAUGGCCGGGGACCCUGCAGUAAAGACCGGAGGAGUUCAGUCUCCUAUUUUGCUGUGGACCUGCAGUUGAAGAUGUAGUUUGGUGAUUUCCAGGAUGGGCUACAGCAAAAGUCGAGUGGAAGUUGAGGCUUCAGAAGGGAAUCAGGCAGCCCAGUCCAGGGUCCAACUGCUCCUGACCAGGUGUUGCCUGUGGCGAAUGUUGAGUGUGAGGAUGUGGAGGGAGGCCGAGGCCUUCCUGUGGGAUAGACGAAGUACAAAUCAAGGACUGUCCCCAUGUGGGCCUUAAGUACAUGUCUUCAUCUUGUGGUGCCCAGGACCUUGGUCUGCACCUACCUACCUCACAGGGUUGUUGUGAGGAGCAAAUAAAACAUCACCUGGUAUCAUCCA